UUACUCCGGUUACUCCGGUUCCUCGGGCUGUCAUUCCAUCAGAGGCUCUUCAUCACCUGUCCCACCCUCAUCGUGGGAAUAAUACGCUUUAUUAAACAUCAAAACAGAGACAAAAAUACAAAAAUGGCGAGCAGCUUCUCCAGGAUCCUGACCACCCGCCAGAAGAUCGGUCUCCUUUCCGCGGUGGGGGGCUCAGUGACGGCUGGGUUUCUGCUGCACCGGGAGCAUGUCGGGGCUGGAGCUCCGGUCCGCAGGAGUUACCCAGCAAGUGCGGAGUACCCUGACCUGCGCAAACACAACAACUGCAUGGCCUCUCACCUGACUCCGUCCAUCUAUGCCAAGCUGGUUGACAAGGCGACUCCCAACGGAUACACUCUGGACCUGGCCAUCCAGACGGGAGUGGAUAACCCCGGGCAUCCCUUCAUCAAGACUGUGGGCAUGGUGGCAGGAGACGAGGAGUCCUACGAGGUUUUUGCAGAACUGCUGGACCCUAUCAUCAAAGAGAGGCACAACGGCUACAACCCAAACACCAUGAAGCACCCCACCGACCUGGACUCCAGCAAGAUCCACUCGGGCAACUUUGACCCACGCUACGUGCUGUCGUCCAGGGUGAGAACGGGCCGCAGUAUCCGCGGGCUGAGCCUCCCCCCCGCCUGCACCCGGGCGGAGCGACGGGAGGUGGAGCGCGUGGUGGUGGACGCGCUCGCCGGCCUGAAGGACGACCUCGCCGGGAAGUACUACAGUCUGACAUUGAUGACCGACGCAGAGCAGCAGCAGCUCAUCGACGACCACUUCCUGUUUGACAAGCCCGUGUCUCCCCUCCUGACCUGCUCAGGCAUGGCUCGUGAUUGGCCAGAUGCACGUGGUAUCUGGUGA